AUGUCAAAAAUAAUCCUUGGCUUCGACCUUCCACCAGAGAUGUUAUUAGAUGAUGGAGAUGAAGAAGCGGAUUAUGGUGAUAGUGAUAGUGAUAGUGAUGGUGAUCUGCCUUUGAGUGUCGAAAUAUUCCAGCCAAGCAAGAAAGCCAGGUGUACACCUUCAACUUCAACAAAAGUCACCUCACCACGAGUCACUCGAAAGAAGGCUUCUAAUUUUAAAACCAAGAAUAGUACAUACACACUCCUGCCACCCAUCACCCCACGAAAAUCUCCCCACCGUGCUCAGAGUGAUGUGGCUCCUGUAGCUAUGACUCAUGUGAUACCACCUCACCAGACAGUACCGGCCUUUGAUUUCAGAGAGGCUAUUGAUAUCUCCGUAUUUGGACGAAAGCUUCCCAUGGCUCGCCCUGUUCCACCUGCUGAGACUACAGACGGUUUCACCGUAGGGAAAAAAUGCAUUUUGACAGGAAAUGCAGAAGGUAAACCUGAAUGGGUGGUAACACCGUAUCAUUUCAAAGUUGAUGAAAGUGUGGUGAUUGGAAAAGGUUCUUUCAGGACAUGUUACAAUGCCUUUGGAAGAACACCUGGUGGAGAGCUCACUCCGAUGGUUGCCAAGAAGCGGAGGGAGCUGCCUCCCAAUAUGACUCAUCUGGCUGUCCAUAAAGAAUCCGGUGGAGUCCGCUUUGGGUCUGAAUGA